AUGACGAGCUGCACAAGGCUGCAACGCAGUCUUAGCCUGGCGGGAUUCAACUUGGGUCGUCCAGCAGCACAUUUUUAUUCCACCAACGGUGCAGCCGUCAACGGGGAGCCGGUGUCUUCGAAGAAAAAGACGCCGAGGCAGGCACCGAAAAAGGCAUCCACCAAGCCACCCAAGACAUUACGUGGGUCAAGGCUGGAGCGGGUGCAAGAUGACCUGGGCUUUGACCAGUGGUCCUGGUCCGAGGUGAAUCUUGUCGACAAGACCAUACACACGGCGGCAGGAGACCUUCCCAUCUCACCCCUUGUGGACUCGACAUGGCGAGAAGCCCGACAACGUAAAAAGACGAAGGCUCCCCCAGACAAAAAUGCUCACAACCGCUUUCAGCGCCAGCUGCGCCAAAACACCUACGCCCAAUUGCUGGCCACGCCUGUCCGACUCUGCGGUGUCACCCGGGUUCAGUUGCCCAAGGCCAUGCUGCAGAGCUUUGGUCUGGUCAGGCAUCCAGAGACAAAUCAAGUCUGGUGGAUUCCUGAGGGGCUGGACACACCGCGCAAGCCGGCAAAGGGGAAGCCUGAUGAGACUGAAGAGGCUGACGACCCUCCAUCAGCAGCUACUAAGGAAGAAGCUGGCGAAGAGGCCACUGCUACCGCUGCUAGUGACUCGUCCGGCACUGCCGAGAAGCAGACCAAAUAUCGGUACCCGAGCCAUCUGCUUGCGCGCCAGGACUUGAUAGAGAACUUCGGCACGGUUGGCAGAAGGUACUACGGCGGCCAUAAAAGGCUUGCCACCAACCCCGGAGUCCCGCCCCAGGCCAAGGCAGCCAAUUGGCGUCCGGACAUGUACUGGGUCAUCCUCGACCAGAGACGCCGCCAGAUCAUGGAUGACCUCCUCUACCUGUCCACGCUUUGCGAGGAGAACGGCAGGAAGUACAUCAUCAGAGUCACUGACGCCAAGUACGCCGCAACAUACGUCCAUCGCAGCGCGUUUCUCUGGCUGGGAGAGGGAAAGGCGUUAGAUUCCGAACAGGGCGACCAGGAGUCCGCUGGAGAGACAGAGACGGCGGAGACAGAGACGGCGGAGAAGGCAGAGAUCGAUCCCGAACAGUACGCAACCCUCGAUAUUGACGGCGACCCAACUACCACACGUCCUGUCUACAACUUGCCAAAACUCCUCGGCCCGGCGAAUGUCGCUCGGCUCAGGUCUGAGUCCUCCGUGUUUAAAGAUGGAUCGCUCUUCUUGUUGAGAAGCCAACGAAGCGGCGUCACAAGCAUGAGGCUCUGGAGCCUCCAAGGCUACGUGGCUGAUUACAGCAAGCUGUGA